AUGCUUCGCUCCAAGAGAAGCUCAGUGAAGAUAGCAAAGACGCUAAAGGCGAGGAAGAUGUUCCCCAAGAGGAAGCUUGACGAGAGCAGGAGCGGCAGUGAGAGUCAGAAAGACGAGGCCGAGGCCAAGGAGGAGCAGGGUCAGCGAAACAAACGACCCCGUGUGGAGGGCAGCACCACCAGCGCAGAGGACACCGAUGAACCCAUGGAGGAGGGAGCAAAGGAAGAAAGGGUUGACAAGGUUGUGACCGAGGCUAACGGCUCUGAUGUGGAGGAGAAGAAGGAGGAAGAGGAGGAGGAGGAGGAGGAGGAGCGGGCCAAGAGAAAGAGCUCUGAUGAGAAAGAAAAGAAAGCUGAGGGGGCGGAAAAGAAAAAUGAAGCAAAGGAGAAGAUGGAUGAUGAGAAAGGGCCUGCCGUUGCCAAGAACAAGAAGAAGAACAACAACAACAAGAAGAAGAAGAAGAAGGAGGAGGAGGUGGUUGAAAAGGACACACGAGAGGGAGACGAGAGCCCAGAGAGUCAAACAGUGAGGAAGCAGAAAGAAGCAAAAGAGCAGAAAGAUAAGGAGCCACCCAAGAAAUCCCCCAUCAGCAGUUUCUUUGCUCCAAGGAAGGCUACAGUGAAGAUGGAGAGGAAGACGAGUCCGGAGAGGAAGACGAGUCCGGAGAGGAAGACGAGUCCGGAGAGGAAGACGAGUCCAGAGAGGAAGACUUCAGCGGAGGAGAGCAAAGACGCUAAAGGUGAGUCGACCUCGGCACAAACGGGCUACAAUCCGUCCAGGCCCAACUACCAUCCCGUGGACCACGCCUGUUGGGAGCGAGGCCAAAAGGUGCCGUACUUGGCGGUGGCUCGCACCUUUGAGAAGAUUGAAGAGGACUCUGGCAGGCUGAGAAACAUCGAGACGCUGUCGAACCUGCUUCGCUCCGUGCUGCUGCUCUCUCCAGACGACCUGUUGUGCUGUGUGUACCUGUGUUUGAACCAGCUGGGUCCUGCCUACCUGGGGAUGGAGCUCGGUGUUGGAGAGACUGUGCUUAUGAAAGCCGUUGCUCAAGCAACUGGGCGACAAUUGGACAAAAUCAAGGCGGACGCUCAGGAGAAAGGGGAUCUGGGCCUUGUGGCCGAGAGUUCCCGUAGCAACCAGCGCACGAUGUUCCAGCCGGCCAGUCUGACAGCAGGGGGCGUGUUCAGGAAAUUGAAGGAAAUCGGCAGCAUGAGUGGGAACUCGGCCAUGAAUAAGAAAAUCGACAUCAUCAAAGGCCUCUUUGUGGCAUGCCGCUUUUCGGAGGCCCGCUACAUAGUCAGGUCUCUGGCUGGGAAGCUGAGGAUUGGCCUGGCUGAGCAGAGUGUCCUAUCGGCACUAAGCCAGGCUGUGUGCCUGACCCCCCCUGGACAAGGCUUCCCUCCCGCUGUGAUAGACGCAGGCAAGGGGAUGAGCGCCGAGAGCAGGCGGGCGUGGAUCGAAGCGAAGAGUCUGAUUCUCAAACAGACUUACUGCGAGAUGCCCAAUUACGACGUCCUCAUCCCCGUUCUGCUCAAAGAAGGUAUCGACGAGCUGCCCAAUCACUGCAAGCUCACGCCGGGUAUACCGCUGAGACCCAUGUUGGCUCACCCCACCAAGGGUGUCGGCGAGGUGAUGAAGAGGUUUGACGAGGCGGCGUUCACCUGCGAGUACAAAUACGACGGAGAGCGUGCACAGAUUCACAUUCUGGAGAGCGGGGAGGUUCGAGUAUUCAGCCGCAACCAGGAAGACAACACCAGCAAAUACCCCGAUAUCAUCUCUCGCAUUCCCAAGGUGAAGAAGGACUCUGUUGUUUCCUGCGUCCUGGACUCUGAGGCGGUGGCCUGGGACCGAGAGAAGAAACAGAUCCAGCCCUUCCAGGUCCUCACCACCCGUAAAAGAAAGGACGUGGAUGCUUCGGAGAUCAAAGUCCAAGUGUGCGUGUACGCCUUUGACCUCCUCUAUCUCAACGGCGAGUCCCUGGUGCGACAGCCGCUGUGUCGGCGUCGGGCUCUGCUGAGAGAAAACUUCUCGGAGGUGGAGGGAGAGUUUGUGUUCGCCCGAUACAUCGACUCCGACAACACCGACGCCAUCGCAGAGUUCCUGGAGCAGUCUGUCCGAGACUCCUGUGAGGGUCUAAUGGUGAAGACUCUGGAGAAGGAUGCCACCUAUGAAAUUGCAAAGCGCUCUCACAACUGGCUCAAGCUGAAGAAGGACUACCUGGACGGGGUGGGUGACACAGUUGAUCUGUGUGUGAUUGGCGCCUACCUGGGAAAAGGAAAGAGAGCGGGCACCUACGGGGGCUUCCUGCUGGCCUGCUACGACGAAGAGAACGAGGAGUUUCAGUCCGUCUGCAAGAUCGGGACAGGCUUCAAGGAUGAGGAUCUGGAGCAGCAUUACAAGUUCUUAAAGGAACACAUUCUGCCGAAGCCCCGUGCCUACUACCGCAUCGACCAAUCGGCGGAGCCCGAAGUGUGGCUGGACGCCGUGCAGGUUUGGGAGGUGAAGUGCGCCGACCUGUCGCUGUCGCCCGUCUACAAGGCUGCCAUGGGAAUGGUGGAUCCAGUAAAGGGCAUUUCUCUGAGGUUCCCGCGCUUCCUUCGGAUCAGAGACGACAAGAAGCCCGAGGACGCCACGACUGGAGCGCAGAUCGCCGAUUUGUACAAGAAGCAGCAGCAGAUUCAGAAUCAGGGGGAGAAGGCCGACCUGGAGGACUACUACUGAUCGUCCGUCGGCAGAGAAUCAUAAAUAAUGCCAAUUUCAAAAAGCAUAAUUGUAAAUAGCUUCUUUCUGUGUGUAAUGUGGAAUGAUAAAUAAAGGCUCUUGCCAGUUUUAAACA